AUGCUUAUUAAUGAUAAGCAAGUGUAUGUUGGGCAUUUCCUUCGUAAGCAGGAGAGAGAAACUGCAAUUAUCAAGACAAAGUUCAAUAAUGUGUUUGUGAAAAAUUUGGCCGAAUCUACUACUGAUGACGAUCUGAAGAAAAUUUUUGGUGAAUACGGAACAAUCACCAGUUCCGUGGUGAUGAGAGAUGCUAAUGGCAAGUCAAAAUGUUUUGGAUUUGUCAAUUUCGAAAAUGCUGAUGAUGCUGCUAAAGCUGUUGAAGCUCUAAAUGGGAAGAAAAUUGAUGAUAAGGAGUGGUAUGUGGGGAAAGCCCAGAAGAAGUUUGAGAGGGAGCAAGAGCUGAAAACUCGUUUUGAGCAGACUACUAGGGAAACUGUUGACAAAUUUCAAGGGCUUAAUUUGUAUGUAAAAAAUUUGGAUGAUAGCAUUGAUGACGAGAAACUGAAAGAACUGUUUUCAGAAUUUGGUAGUAUCACUUCUUGCAAGGUUAUGCGCGAUCCUAAUGGGAUUAGCAGAGGAUCUGGUUUUGUUGCCUUUUCAUCUCCAGAAGAAGCUUCUCGAGCUCUUUCUGAAAUGAACAACAAAAUGGUGAUCAGCAAGCCACUCUAUGUUGCGCUUGCACAGCGUAAAGAAGAGAGAAGGGCAAGGUUACAGGCUCAGUUUUCCCAAGUGAGGCCUGUUAUGCCAUCAUCAAUUGCACCCCGUAUGCCUUUGUAUCCUCCUGGUGCUCCUGGUAUUGGUCAGCAGCUAUUUUAUGGACAACCUCCUGCUAUGAUACCUCACCAGGCUGGAUUUGGCUAUCAGCAGCAGCUGGUACCUGGGAUGCGCCCUGGUGGCCCCAUUCCAAAUUUCUUUGUACCGCUUGUCCAGCAGGGUCAGCAGGGCCAGCGUCCUGGUGGCAGACGUGGAGUCCAACAACCCCAGCAUCCUGUGCCGCUAGUACAAUCGCAAAUGGUGCCGAGGGGGAGGAUGCACCGGUACCCUCCGGUUCGUAGCAUGCAAGAUGGGCCCAUGCCUGGUGUUCCCGGCGGGAUACUCUCUGUGCCAUAUGACAUGGACGGCAUGCUUCCUAGGGAUGCAACUGCUGCUAUUCCGCCGCCUAUGCCGAUUACUGCACUUGCUUCUGCUCUUGCUAAUGCAACUCCCGAACAGCAGAGGACGAUGUUGGGUGAGAACCUCUACCCACAGGUUGACCAGCUGGAGCACGAGCACGCUGCAAAAGUGACAGGCAUGCUUCUGGAGAUGGACCAGACAGAAGUUCUGCAUCUGUUGGAAUCACCUGAAGCUCUCAAAGCAAAAGUAGCCGAGGCUAUGGAUGUCCUGAGGAAUGUCCAGCAGUCCAACUCUCCUGCUGAUCAGCUUGCGUCCCUUUCGCUCAAUGACAAUCUCGUCUCUUGA